ACGAGUUUCUCGAGCUUGUGUGUGAAUAUUCGUCUAGUGUGAACUCACUAUAAUAACGUUAGAUAAGAGAAUAAUUAUUUGACUUACACACACACAAACAGUACAGCAGCUGGAUCUGCCGCGGUAUAUCCAAAAAUUAGAGUUGACGAUAUGUAUGAGUUGACGCUGUUUUAUGUUACAUAAAAAAAUAUUAAUAACGCCAAUAUGGUGGGAUUGGUAUUAAAGGCGGUGUUACUAAUAUUUGUAGGUUAUGCCGAAGCCGCAAACAUUUUACUUGUUAUACCAUUUUCGGCUAUGUCUCAUUACAUAUUUCUUAGACCGAUAGGAAUAGAAUUAGCGCAAAGAGGUCAUAAUGUGACUGUCAUAACGACCUAUUUAGAAAAAAAACCACCGCCCAACUAUCAUCAAGUAAAAGUGGUUGAAAAAAAAAUUUGGGAACUAAUUGAGGGCGAGACACCAACGAUUUUUGAUAUGGUCGAUUUAUCAGCUGAAGAGUUUCAUCACAGAGUAGUUUGGCCAGGUGGGCUUGCCAUUACUGAGUUAACACUAAAUUCACCUGAGGUUAAAGAUUUUUUGAAGAGAGACAACACUUCAUUUGAUUUAGUUAUUUGUGAACAGUUUGUCCAAGAAGCUUUGUACGCACUAUCAACGAAGUACAAUGCCCCCUUGGCAAUAGUAUCGACGUUUGGGAAUUGCUUAAGGCAUAACAUUAUGACUCGUAAUCCUCUUCAAUUGGCCACAAUUUUGGCAGAAUAUUUGAAAGUAUAUAAUCCAGGCAGUUUUUGGGGAAGGCUGAGGAACUUGUAUUUUGCCGUUUAUGAGUAUUUUUGGUGGAGAUAUUCGUACCUUGAGAAACAAGAGGAUCUUGUUAAGAAAUAUUUGCCAGAAUUGGCCGGUAAAAUUCCAAGCUUAUAUGAUUUGCAGAAGAACGCAUCUUUAAUGCUGAUCAAUAGUCACUACAGUUUCGACACUCCAUCUGCGUUGCUACCGAAUAUAGUAGAAAUCGGUGGAAUGCAUGUGACACAAAGUAAUACGAGGCUACCCGAUGACUUACAAAAGCUCUUAGAUGAAUCUAAACAUGGGGUAGUAUAUAUGAGUCUUGGCUCCAAUAUCAGAAGUGCAGACCUACCAGAGCAGAAGAAAAGAGCAUUUUUAAACGUUUUCAAGCAACUUAAGCAGACUGUUUUGUGGAAAUGGGAGGAAGACGAAUUAGAAGGUAAACCCGAUAAUUUGGUUACUGGCAAAUGGUUACCGCAGCAGCAAAUUAUUGCACAUCCUAACAUCAAGGUGUUUAUAACGCAUGGAGGCUUAAUAGGUAUGCAAGAAGCAAUAUAUAAUGGAGUACCUAUUGUGGGUGUACCGAUAUUCUGCGAUCAAUAUAAUAACGUGCUCCUUGCUGAAGAAGCUGGCGUCGGAAAAGUUUUGGAAUAUAAUGACAUUAAUGAUGAAAGUUUAAAUAAAACUCUUAACGAUGUGCUUAAUAACGACUCUUACUUGAAAAAAGCUCGCGUAUUGCAACGAAGAUGGAAAGAUAGGCCAAUGAGUCCAUUAAAUACUACAAUAUUUUGGUUGGAGUAUAUAAUAAGAAAUAAAGGUGCCGAUUUCAUGAAAAAUCCAGCCAGAAAUAUGAGUUGGUUUGCGUACUGCAUGUUGGACGUUUAUGGUUUUAUAUUUGCAGUGUCAAUAGCUAUUACAUUGAGUAUUAUGAAAUUAAUAAAUGAUUUGAAAGGUUUCAUAAUUGGACCUCAGAAUAAAGUUGCCAAAAAGAAAAAGAGAUCAUGACCUGUUUUGUUCUUGCAAUUCAGUUGUACGCAUAUCUCUUAUUAAUUUGAUAGGCUAAAUUAGAGAUAACUGUGGUUUUAAGUGGAAAGGCCCGGGAUCGAUCCCCGGCAGAGGCAACUUGGGAAUUAAUAAUUUCAGAAUUUUCUCUGUUUCUGUCCCGGCUGUCGCUAUUUACCACCCGGCAAAGACCGAAGCGAUUAAGCGUUUCAGUACGAUGUCGCAUCGAAACCGUAAGGAGUAUACAAACUUUAAUAUCCCUUGUAGCUCAUUCCGUUACCUCCUUCGACGGCAUCAUCAUUUAGCAGUAGGAGAGUUGGUAAUAGAAUAAAAAAAAAAAACACCUGUAAACUUAGUUUAGACUAGAGAAAUGACGUGUACAACUGAAAUAGGCUUU